UUGCUGAUCGGUGGCCGUCGCCGGUGCUUUCAUUGUGUUUUUUUUCGGUCGGUGCCGGCUUGGACAUUCUGUACAGUUUGAAUAAUAAUUAUUAUUGUUCUAUUGUUAUUUGUAUUUACGGUACUUAUCAUAAAGUAUCAACGUUAGCGUUUAUUAAAUAGUUUAUUUUUCCAUUACUUGUACUUUUAAAAACAUGUCACACUUUAAAUUAAAAUCUUCCAUAAAAGCAUCCGACGUAAUACCUGUAAAUAAAUAUGUGUCGGAAAAAACUGGAUUGACUGUAAUAAUAGCAAAUGUCGAAGGACCUCUUGUGAACGGUUUCUUCUGUCUUGCAACUGAAGCUCAUGAUGAUGAUGGACUGCCCCAUACCUUAGAACAUCUCAUCUUUUUGGGUUCUGAGCGAUACCCUUACAAGGGUAUCCUUGAUUUGCUUGCAAACCGUUGUAUGGCACAUGGUACCAACGCAUGGACGGAUACAGACCACACCUGCUACACAAUAUACACUGCGGGAGAUGCUGGCAUGUUAACUUUGCUACCCAUAUACAUUGAUCAUAUACUCAGGCCUACCCUUACUGAUGAAGGGUUUAUAACUGAAGUACACCAUGUCAAUGGGGAGGGCGAAGAUGCAGGUGUUGUGUACUGUGAGAUACAGGGGCGGGAAAAUACUGCUGAUACUAGGUGUGAGUUAAAACUGCUCCGUGCCAUGUAUCCUAAUAGUGGCUACUCAGCGGACACUGGGGGUAUUAUGGAAAACUUGAGAAUUUCCACGAACAACACUAAAGUGCGAGACUACCACAAGAAGUUCUACAGAGCUGAGAAUCUAACAAUCAUCCUCACAGGUCAAAUUGAGGCAGAUGAUGUAUUUAAAGUAUUAGCCACUGUGGAGGAUGACAUCAUUGCCAAGAGGGAAAAAGCAGUACAAGAAGAAUGGGUUAAGCCAUGGCAAACUAUUCCUCCUCCACCCAACUAUGGGGAGCUGCGAGAACAGUGGCCCGCUGAUACUGAAGACUGUGGACAGGUUUUGUUCGGUUGGCGUGGGCCCAUAUUGACGGAGCGCACGGCCUUGAAGGAGUUGACAGCUUGCGCGGUGCUUUUGCGCUAUCUGUGCGACACGGCCGCGGCGCCACUGCAGCGCGCGCUCGUCGAGAGAGAAGACGCUCUGGCGGGAGACGUAUCCUACAACUUAACAGAAAAUAUAGCUCCACUAAUAAAAAUAGAGCUCGACAAUGUGCCUGUGGAUAAGCUUGAAAUAGCUCGAGACGAGGCUCGCAACUGUUUGAAGAGCGUAAUUAACGGGGACGAAGCUAUCGACAUGGAGAGAAUGAAACGGCUGCUGAGGAAACAGCUGAGAGAGACCAUGGCUAGCCUGGAGUCGGACCCACAUCAUGCUAUCGCUUUUAGGUGUAUCGGUGAUGCUUUGUAUUCGCAAAACGAAGAUGACUUUAUAUCCCGUAUGAACCCACACAAUUCACUGAACGAACUGCUAAAAGAAAGUUCAGACUAUUGGCUGGGUUUGCUGAAGAAAUACUUCAGCGAUGACCUAGUCACCAUCAUCGGCUCGCCGAGCGUAGAGUUGCAAGCUAAAAUUGCCGAAGACGAGAAAAAGAGAAUAGAAGAGCAGAGAGUACAGUUAGGAGCAGAAGGAUUAGCGGAAAAAGGAAAAAUUCUCGACGAAGCUAUGGAAUUCAAUGAGCGUCCCCCGCCCCCGGGAACGUUGGCGUCGGUGCCGGUGCCGUCGUGCGAAAACCUCAAGUGCCAUAAUAUCAGCUCGUGGAACUCCGGCGGUGAGCCCUGUCCGCACUUCGACCUCAAGGAAAUACCCAUGUACACCAGAGUGCACAGCUUGAACACCAACUUUGUUUAUAUGUCCAUUAUCCUGGACACUACAAACGUGGACCAGAUGACACGCAAAUGGCUGCCUUUGCACCUCAACGCAUUGGCAGAAUGUCCUGUUAGGAGGGGAGACACACUCAUACCUCACGAAGAAGUGAUCUCGACCACAGAACAGCUGACUGUCAGCUUCUCUAACGACAUCGGCUUCGGCCGCUCAGGGAACUUCACCGUGGGACAGUUCGGACACUUCGUACAGAUCGAGACUAGGUGUGAACCAGUAGACUAUGAAGAAGUUGUGAAUCAUCUGUACGAAGUAUUGUACGCAGCUGAAAUUAACAAAGAGAGGUUGUUGGUGUUCGCCCAGAGAUUAAUAAACGACGUGUCACAGGUCAGAAGAAAUGGUCAUAAAAUGGUAUACGACAUCUUGCGAGAUUCACUCUACUGUAAAGACAGCAACGUCCACUGGAGUUCCGUCCUACGACAGCAGAAGUUCCUCAAAGAACUCAUCGAGCAACUGAACGCCGGCGGUGACUCCGCUGAAGCGGCCAUCAGCGAGGCGAAGAAAACUUUCAAGAAUAUCACGGAGAAUGCUUGGUUGCAUCUCGCUGCGGAUUUGGAAAAGUACAAACUUAGUACUGAGCCGUGGAAGCGGUUCGCGAGAGAAAAUGAGAUCACACCUCUUGAACCGAAGCUAUACUGGGAUGCGGAUCUGAUGAGCGGUUGGGGCGGGGGCAUGGUGGUGGGCGUGGGGGGUCUGGACUCCUCGUUCGUGGUGCAGCUGGGCGAGGGCCCGCUCGGCAACGCGCUCGUCGACGUCGCGCCGCUCAGCGUCGCGCUCAACUAUUUCACGCAACUCGAGGGUCCAAUGUGGAGAUUAAUCCGAGGGGGUGGCCUCUCAUACGGAUACGGGAUCCGACCUUCACAGAACGAGGGUCGCCUCGUGUUCUCACUUUACCGCGCCACUAACGCCGUCGCAGCUUACACCAAGGCUAAAUCGAUUGUGGACGAGUAUUUAGCGGACGGCAAAUUCGAUGAGGACCUGUUCGCGUCCGCAAAGAGUACAGCGCUCUUCGAAGUAGUGGAGAAUGAGAAGUGCGUCGCGGAUGUGGUGGGGCAGUCCCUGCUCAACUACGUACGGCGCGCGGGAGAAACUUAUAAUCGUGACCUCGUGUGCGCCAUCGCAGCGGUGACGCAACAGGAAGCGCACGCGGCGGCGGCGCGCUGGCUGCCGCGCCUGUUCCGCGCCGACACCGGCAAGCUGGCCGUCGUGUGCCACCCCACCAAGGUCGCCGACAUGCAGGCCGCCUUCCACAAAAUCAACGUGCAGCUUGAUGCGUUUGACUCUAUGGAAGCAUCUCAUUUUAACAAAUAAGUUUUAUAAGAUACAUUUAAAAGAAAGUAUUCAUGCAUUUAUAAAUUAAGUAAAACUUUUUCUAUAUUUUUGCAUUUGUUUAAUCCUAAAUCAAAAUCCAAUCUUUUAAAAGAACUUUU